AUGGAACGUCUCAAGGCAAAACUUGGAGUGAAGCGGUCGCUAAACACGAAAAUUAUCCAUGAGGCGACAGCGGGGAUGGAGACAGCGGACCUGGCAUCGCUGACUGCCUGGCUAGAAAGGCUGAAGGCCAAUAACAGGGCUCUUCAAGAGUUGAACGUGGAGGUAGAAGAUCAUAUAUCGGAACAAGACCUCGUCGCAGAGUACACUACGGUCACGGAGUACGACGACGAGGCCAUCCGAAUGAUGGCGUUGUUGGACUGCAAGGCAGACUCACUGAGACGUAAAGAACAACAGGCACAGGCCACCCAGAUGACCACAUCCGCGACAACAUCUGCGACUGCCACUACAGACCUGGGAAGAAAUCGCACCAACAUGACUAGCGGCGUGAAGCUUCCCAAGUUACGACUUAAAACUUUCAACGGCGAGGUUAGCGCGUGGCAGAGCUUCUGGGAGCAGUUCGGUCGUGCUAUCCACGAAAACGAUAGCAUGCCACGAUCGGACAAGUUUCAGUACCUGCGCAACCAUGUCACCGGACCAGCGGCGGCGGCCAUCGCUGGGCUCCAGGCAACUGAGGCCUGCUACGACGAUGCCAUUGAAAUCCUGACACUGCGCUUCGGUGAUAAACGAAGGAUCGAGCAAAAUCAUCUGGCGAAGCUCCGAGCACUGCCUCCUGUGGCCUCCGCGAAAGACACGAAAGGCCUCCGAAAGAUGUACGAUCACGUCCAGACGAACAUCCGAGGUCUGAAAGGGCUCGGCGUGGGAUCGGUAACGUACUGCACGAUGAUGUCCGAUAUCCUCCUCAAGGCCUUGCCGAGCGAAGUCGUCAUAAAUUAUCACCGGCAGCAGGCAAGCAGCACUGCCUACAGGUCGACGGGAGAAACGCAAAACAGUCCGACUUCACUGACUUCACCAGCGGUGCAGGACACCGGACACUCUGUCGACGGACCACUUUCCACCCGGAGCGCUUCAAGGCCGCCCUCUUUCGCCGAUGCCGAAGAUGAGCUCGCCGAUAUUCUAAGCUUCCUUCGGAUCGAAGUUGAGAGUAGGGAGAGAGCCGGAGUAGUAGAAGAACGGCAAGAGACGCAGAAGAAAAGGACUGAAAGACCCAGAAUGCCAGCAGCCUCUGUGCUACAUGCAAAUAUCACAAGCCCCUGCUUCUUUUGCCGGUCCACAAAGCACGCAACAGAAGUAUGUACUGGCGACCUCACGUUAGAGGUGAAGAAAAGGAGGCUGGCGGAAGAAAACCGCUGCUUCAGAUGCACAAUCGGAGGGCACCGGGCGAGGGAGUGUCGGCAGAAAAUGACAUGCACGUCGUGCUCCGGUCGACAUGCCACAUCCAUGUGCGACCCGAACUGGAAACCUAACGUGAAGAAAUCGGAUAGAGGUGCCCCUGCGACAAGCGUCCAGAACGCAAUCUCCGACAGUGCUGACGUCCCAUUGGAUUCCGAAGAGCUUCUUCAAACAUUCCGAGCCUGGGCUGAGGAAGGAAAGCAAAGACUUUACGUGCGAGCCAUUAUCGAUGGAGGUAACCAACGGACGUUCAUUUGUUAG